ACAACUCUCUGAUGCCUCAGCAGAACUAUGGCCUUCCUGAAAUUGGUGUUGGUGUUCUCUGCAGCGAUCGUGCUCGCUUCAAGCAAGAAGGGUGGUAAGAAGGGGAGGUUACGCAGUUUAACAUUCGAGAUCAACGAAUUGAAAGCCAGAAAGAAUGACGUGAUGGUGAUAAGCGGAGAGGAGGAUCUGAGGGAGGAGCGCUGUGCGAAAGUGUGUGCUGGAACCUCAGUCAAGGGAGAAACCAACUGGGUGGAUUUCAGCUCGAACGGAAUCUACACAGACGUUGACAUCAGAAAGUGUGGGUUCGUGACAAUUCCAACUGUGACUUCCUCUCUUGAGGGCACCAUGUCUCAUUGGAGUACGACAGGGAGCUCGGAGAUUUACAGCGUGACUACCGACACUUUUAGGAUCUACCUGGCGGCUCCACAUGGCAGAGGCGGUGGUGCGAAUAAAAUGGGUUGGAACGUGGAGUGGAUCGCGGUGGGUUAUACCUGCUGAUGUUUCUACUGGAUCUAAAUGCAUGAGACUUUAUUUGAUUGUUAAACUUUAAGUUCAAAGUUUUUACAUCAAAGAAAAGAAUGAUAAUAUAAACUUUAAGAUAAAAAACUUUUAAUCGGCUAAUAAAUAUUAAACCAAGAAAAAAAUUAAUUUUUUAAUAAGAUGAGUAUUUAUAUUAUUAUUAUUGAUUUUAAUGCCUAUGUCAAAUAUUACUGUUUAAUAAAGGAAUUAGUUCAUAGUUUUUAAUUUUAUUGCACGAACAGUUGGAACGUGAAGUGGAUCGCGGUGGGUUAUACCUGCUGAAGUUUCUACUGGAUCCAAAUGCAUGAGACUUUAUUUGAUUGUUAAACUUAAAGUUUUUACAUCAAAGAAAAUAAUGAUAAUAUAAAUUUCAAGAUAAAAAAAUUUUAAUUGGCUGAUAAAUAUUAAACCAAGAAAAAAAAAAUUUUUUAAUAAGAUGAGUAUCUAUAUUAUUGAUUUUAAUGCCUAUGUCAAAUAUUAAUAUUUAAUAAAGGAUGUUCAUAAUCAUAGUUUUUAAUUUUAUUGCACGAA